UGUGUGCUGUAUGAUUCGCUUCAGUUGGCCCAUAAGUGCAUUCUCAACUCCUUCUAUGGCUAUGUCAUGCGGAGGGGUGCACGGUGGUUCUCCAUGGAGAUGGCCGGCAUUGUGUGCUAUACUGGCUCUAACAUCAUCACACGCGCUCGUGAGAUAGUGGAUAGGAUUGGCAUUCCUUUGGAAUUGGACACCGACGGUAUUUGGUGUGUUCUGCCCAGUUCGUUUCCCGAGGACUUUGUCUUCCAGCCCAAAGACACGUCCAAGAAGAAGGUAAGCAUCGAAGUUGCACGUUGCACCUGUACAUACACAAAAUGGACACGCAUGCAUAUGCAUUCACAAGUAUACGUGUACAUACUCACAGAUACGAAACAUUUUACAACGAUGUGA